AUGUCAGAUGCAUUCAUCGUACGCCAUGGUCGCUACUCCUACGUUUUAUACACCGGUAAUGGCCCUGCUUGUGCAGUAUUGACGUAUUUCGUAGCAACGGAUGUAUCUGCAUGUGAAGAACGAUUAACUGCCAUAUAUUCAUCAUGUCUGCACGUCCUCUACCCCUGUGAUAGUUCUGCACUCCGCUGUCCCCGCCAUAUAUUUCGUUGUGCACUGUUCAGAAUGUCUCAUUCUCAAAUCGUUCUUCCGGUUUUACCCUUUCCCAUUUUUGUAGGAGUACGGCACACAAGCACUCAGUUCAUACGCUACAAUCCAUCAAUAAAAUACCGUUUGUUGCCCUUUGCGCAUUUUAGUGCCCUGCGAUUCCUUGUUCUCUACCGGUACGUGCUGCCAUGCCGAUCACAAAUUAUUCGUGCUGGCAGGUCGCAUGCACGUAUAUGCAAUGAUACGGGCAAUACGUCAUGCACGAUUUGCACACUGCUCCGUUACACAGCUUUGGUAAGCAAAACUGACAAAUAG